ACUUUCAAGUGUUAUUUUCUGUUUCUCAAGUUAAGCUGCUUGUGACCUUUCUCCCUGAAUGAGCAGUAGACAUUAUCUGAAACGUUAGGACUUUGAACCACCAAGGGUAGAUUCGCUGAAAAGCUUUUAAUUGGCCUGCAUUGCCUUGUUUAAAUAGCCAAACACCUGCUAGGCAAGCCCUUGCGCAUGUGAGUGGCUAUAUGUUGCUUCCUUUAGGAUUUGCAAGGCUGGAGCACAAAGACAGUGAUUGUUACCCAAUAAGCUGUAGUCACACACUUCUACCAAUCGCCUUAGGAGGGCUGGUUACCAUGGAAUCCACCAUCUGUUCACUCCCCGCUGGAAUGUGAUUAUCCUUGCUGGGCUGGGAACUGGGAAGCGUGUGCUGUGUGAAAUUAUCUGCAAUGGACUGGGUUAAUGCGAAGCUAGAUUUGGCUCGCUGGAAGAACAAAUGAAGGGAGUUUUACUUAAACCAUUUGUGACUUCUAAUCAAGAGGAAAACAUCCAGCUUUUAUAAGGCAGCAGUACCUGUCCAAAGAUCACUGUUGUUCCACCUUAUUUGAAAAGAAGCACGACCCCACAGGUUGAUCAGAAUGUAUCUAACGAAGAGGCUCAGGGAAUAAAUGGAAAAACGCCCGCGAAACACUCAGCUGCAAGUCCAAAGCCACAAGUGCCUCCAAAGCCAUUGCAUCUGCAGAAUUCACCUUCGUCCAAUAUACACCAAACCCCCAGGCAUAAAGCUUUAUCUAGUGAGAAACCAAGGAUGGAGGAAGUUAAACCUGCCUCUGCUUCUUGUGUCUCAAAAGAAAAACCCAGUAAGGUAUCAGAUCUCAUCAGUCGCUUUGAAGGAGGCAGCACAUUAUCAAAUUACAGUGAUUUGAAGAAAGAUUCUGGUGUGAACCUGAAUGUUCCUAGGACCCCAGGAAGGCAUGGACUGGCAACCACCCCUCAGCAAAAGCUCCUCUCCCAGCACCCACCACCGAAGCUAGAAAAUGACACUGAUCCAACUCAGGGUGUACAGACUGGUGUGGCUAAUGGCGUGAUAGCUGCACAAAACCAGAUAGAAUGGGAGGAGGACAAAGCGGCCACUCUUAGCCCAGAAACUCCAGUUCAAGCUCUGGAACCCUUGCUUGCUGUGAGCCUAGUGAACGGAGAAGGAGAGGAGGAAGCGACCACAGGCCCUGCAUCCCCCACAGCAAAGGAUGAUGAUGGAAAUGCUGCUGACAGUAGCUGUAGGACUCCCAGGGUCAGCCAGGUACUCCCCCUGGAAGAAGGAAGGGCAGACACGGAAGCCCAGGUGCAAGAGCGGGAAGAUGGAGAAAGCCCUCUGGAAUCGGACCAGCUGGACCCCCACCCCGAGAUGAAGGAAACUAAUGAGCAAAAGCUUCACAAAAUAGCCAACGAACUUUUGCUUACAGAAAGAGCUUAUGUCAACCGACUUGACCUCUUAGAUCAGGUAUUUUACUGCAAAUUAUUAGAAGAAGCAAAUCGAGGCUCAUUUCCAGCAGAGAUGGUGAAUAAAAUCUUUUCUAAUAUUUCAUCAAUAAAUGCCUUCCAUAGUAAAUUCCUAUUGCCAGAGCUGGAAAAACGAAUGCAAGAAUGGGAAACAACCCCUAGAAUUGGUGACAUCCUUCAGAAAUUGGCACCAUUCCUUAAGAUGUAUGGAGAAUAUGUGAAAGGAUUUGAUAACGCAAUGGAAUUGGUUAAAAACAUGACCGAGCGUACUCCCCAGUUCAAAUCAGUAGUUGAAGAAAUUCAGAAACAGAAGAUCUGUGGGAGCUUGACUUUGCAGCAUCACAUGCUGGAGCCUGUUCAGCGGAUUCCCCGGUAUGAGAUGCUCCUGAAGGACUACCUGAGGAAGUUGCCCCCUGAUUCUCCAGACUGGAAUGAUGCUAAAAAAUCACUUGAAAUUAUAUCUACAGCAGCAAGCCAUUCUAAUAGUGCAAUAAGAAAAAUGGAGAACCUAAAGAAACUGUUAGAGAUUUAUGAAAUGUUGGGAGAGGAGGAAGACAUUGUAAAUCCUUCAAAUGAACUAAUAAAAGAGGGACAAAUCCUCAAACUCGCUGCUCGGAACACAUCAGCACAAGAACGCUACCUUUUCUUAUUCAACAACAUGUUGCUGUACUGCGUACCAAGAUUCAGCUUGGUGGGCUCUAAAUUCACAGUUCGAACCAGGGUUGGCAUCGAUGGAAUGAAAAUUGUGGAGACUCACAAUGAAGAAUAUCCACACACUUUCCAGGUGUCUGGGAAAGAGAGAACACUGGAACUGCAAGCCAGUUCUGAGCAAGACAAAGAAGAAUGGAUUAAGGCUCUUCAAGACACCAUUGAUGCUUUCCAUCAGAGGCAUGAAACCUUCAGAAAUGCAAUUGCAAAGGAUAAUGACAUGCAGUCAGAAGUUUCUACUGCUGAGCUGGGGAAAAGAGCUCCAAGAUGGAUCCGAGAUAACGAAGUAACGAUGUGUAUGAAAUGCAAAGAGUCUUUCAAUGCACUGACAAGAAGAAGGCAUCAUUGUCGAGCAUGUGGACAUGUGGUUUGUUGGAAGUGUUCUGAUUACAAAGCUCAACUUGAGUACGAUGGUGGAAAAUUAAACAAAGUUUGUAAAGACUGUUAUCAAAUAAUAAGUGGAUUCACAGAUAGUGAAGAAAAAAAAAGAAAAGGAAUUUUAGAGAUUGAAUCAGCAGAAGUAUCUGGAAACAGUGUAGUGUGCAGCUUUCUUCAGUAUAUGGAGAAGUCAAAACCUUGGCAGAAAGCUUGGUGUGUGAUCCCCAAACAAGACCCUCUUGUGCUGUACAUGUACGGUGCCCCCCAGGACGUCCGAGCCCAGGCCACCAUUCCACUCCUCGGCUACGUUGUGGACGAUCUGCCAAAGAGUGCAGACCUGCCCCACAGUUUCAAACUGACCCAGUCCAAGUCUGUGCACAGCUUUGCUGCAGACAGUGAGGAACUGAAACAGAAGUGGCUGAAAAUCAUCUUUUUAGCUGUCACAGGUGAGACACCAGAUGGUCCCAACAAGCAUCCAGCCACCUUGGAUGAUCAUGCUGAACCUAAGAAAAAAUUAGAAUGCUGAACUCCAGGACCAUCCAUGACAUGGAGGUCUCAAGAUUUACAGCCCAAGACAUUCCCAGCCCUCCUUAUUCAUCUCUUAGCACUUUAUGUUGGAAAAUAUAGGCUCAUAAAUGCAUCUUUUGGGGGACUAUUUUCCUAUGUUUCUGUACCCUUAGUGAAACUGAUGUGCAGAGCCAUUCUACCGAUAAAAGUUUGAAAUAAUGUGAAAAUGGAGCAUUUUUUAAUGAGCUAUUCCUUGCAUAUGUACUUUUGUCUUGAAGAAGAUGGUAUCAAUGGAUUCUAUCACUAUCAGGUUAGAAUAGGCCACUUGCAUCUAAGGUCCUUCCAUGUCUUCUCCCUCACAGGUAGGACUUGUAACAGUUUGAAAGAUAUACCUCCAUGUUGCCAAAAUAGAUCCAUGGUAUUAAAAAAAAAAUACAGGGACAGUUUAGGCUAUUAACUUAUUUAAUUUAGUUUAUAAAGCUCAAGCUGCAUAAACAAUGUAAGGUCUCUUAAAACAAAAAGGACAAAUUGUUGACAUUCAAACUUUCAACUUACUAAGAAAAGAUAGUACUUGUUUUUGUAGAAAUAUUCCUAAGAAGAAACUAUCUCAAGUAUAUAGCAAUUAUGUGUAUAUAGUAUUAAAUAUGGAUAUAAUUAUAUUAUACAUGCUUUUCUCUUCAGCUUUAGGUUCAUAUUUGUCUCUAAUUUAUUUUUUAAAUAUAAAGCAUGUUUUAUCUUGGAUUUGAACAAUUUCAGAAAUGUUUUUGGUGUUUUAUGUUUAACUGAUUGACAUCUAAGGGUAUUGAUAUUUUUAUAAUAAGAAAAAGCAGUAAUUUAUGUGGCAUGGGAUAUAUUAGUUCCAACAGUAUUUUUAAAGUACUAUUUUUUUCGUUCUGUGCCUAUUUAAAACAGUGCCUCUCUUUGAAGGUGCUAAUAAUACCUAUUUAAAUAUAUAAUGAGAGUUUAAUUAAUGCUUCAGUCUUGAGUAUUUGGCCACUGGGGUGGUCGAAGUCACACAGGUUAUUUUACCUUUCACAGUCCUGCAAUUGUUGCAGCAGUUAAUAUCAGCAUGUGCAAAAAUGUUCACAGAAACCUAAACUGUACAAGAUACCUGACUUUAUAUAGAACUGGGACAUAUGGAAACUGUGUUUAUUGUAAUGUUUUUCUAUUCUGUAAGGCUAUUAAGCAUGGUUAAAUGAGGAUUAUACAUAAUUAACACUUAGAUAACUAUGUGGGCCUAUGCCUUCAUCAGAUGGGAAAUGAAAUUCACAUGUGUUAACCUGUGUUUGAGGGGCAGGUAAAUAGAAAUUAGAGGGAGUUUAUGCUCAACUCUUUAAACCACCUCAGUGAAGAAAAGGAGGGGGAAAACACAGUAAUGAAAAGCAAUAUUUUAAUGGUAGGUUUGGGAGGUACAAGAUGUUUGAAGAGAGUCUGAGCAUUUUUUCCCAUCAUUUGGGGAAUUCUUAAUAGUCAAAACAUGAUUUAUCACAAAGGCUGCUCUUCAUUAUAUUGUGGUUGUGAUUAAGAUCUCACAUAAAAUUGGCUAUUUAAGUUAAUCUUUUUCUCAGAUUAGGUAUUUUUUUACCCAUUUACCCUGUUAAGCCCCAAACAUUAUCACUUUUAAAUUCCUAAGUCUGCUAGAAAUCCACAAGAAUGACCCCACUAUCUUGGCUUUUGAAAAUUAUGUCUUUUUUUUUUUUAAGAUUUUAUUUAUUUCUUUGACAGACAGAGAUCACAAGUAGGCAGAGAGGCAGGCAGAGAGAGAGAGGAGGAAGCAGGCUCCCCUCAGAGCAGAGAGCCCAACGUGGGGCUCCAUCCCAGGACUCUGGGAUCAUGACCUGAGCAGAAGGCAGAGGCUUAACCCACUGAGCCACCAAGGUGCCCCAAGAAUUAUAUCUUAAGUGUAGAAUGGAUUCACUCAGAAUUUAAGACAGCCACACAUUUAUUCAGGCCUGUCAUUUUAAGAAAUAUUUGAAGUCUCUCCUUUUUUCCCCCCACUCCAAAGGCGAAGGUAAACUAAUUAUGGCUGACAAAAUUAGAUUGCCUUCCUCUAUAAAAGGAAUUUCAGCCAUGAUCAUUAACAUUAAACCAAAUAUUUGGAAUCAGAAAAAGAUAAAGGUGUAGCUUCUUAAGCCCUAUCACAUCAGGGACCCACUGAAAGAAAUGUUACAUUACUUCUCUUUUCUAGUUGCGAAUCCUAUGCGGGGAGGUGGUGUGUGUGUAUGUACAAAGUAUAUAUUCAAGGUGGCUUUUGAGAUGGUUACACUAUAGCUGUAGGUGAUAUAUUGGCAUUCUUAAUCUCCAGAAAAGAGAAGCAAUAAAGACAUAGAGGGAUUAUCAGGAGAACAUGACUUUUGUAAAUUGUGAAUAGAGCAAUGGAAACAUAAGGGCCAGUUUAGAAGAUUUAUGGGCCAGAUUGUUUUUGAAAACUAUUUUGAACAGUGAGAAGAUUGUUAUCCUGCAAUGGGAGUAACAUGGAUACACUCAAGUUUUGGCUCAGUAAAUAUCAUUGUUAUUUAAUUUAGAUUAUCAAAAGAAUACGUAAAAAGAAUAUUGUCAUGCCCUUAACAUUAUCCAUUAUCUUUAAUUUUUCUAAAAAAUUAGAAAUAAUAGUACUAGAAGAGAAUUUCUGGUUAUCCAGUUACCAUCUUUCAUGGCACACCCCGUGUUCUUUAGACAAGCACAAAGAGAAGCAUUGAGGCAGGCUUACCUGUUUCUCAUAAAGAGUCACUAGUGCUUUUACUUGGAGGAAGGCAAGGGAAUACUCUUAAGCAUUUAGUAAACAUUCAGCUAAACCAAAAGACAUCAAAGUGUGAUUGGUUUCAAGAACCAUCAUGUGUCUUGGUUUCUGAGACACCUGAGCAGCAUGACAAAUUGAACAUAAAAAACCAAUUGAUUGCUUUCCAAUUAAAAACAACAUUCCAUAUAGGUUUUACUCUUUAUUUUCCCUAAUCUGGUGCUUUCCAAGUCAUCUUCAAAGUGCCCUUUCUCCAAACUUUGAUAAAAACUGCUAUUCAUUACAAAACAUUCCAAUUUUUUUAAACUUAAAUUUUGCUUUUACUGAACGUCUACCAUUUGGUAUAUGAAGUAUGAAAUGUAGUGCAGACUUAUCUCCAGGUUUUAAGUGGGACUCAAUAAUGAAAAAUGCCACCAGCCACUUUUGUAAUAAUGGCAUCUACAAUGCCAUCAUGUAUGCAAGCAAUAAAAUUCUUCAGGGUAUGUUUUUAUACUGAAAUUUUAAUAAGAAUGCCCCUAGCCACAAGGAUAUAGAGAAUUAACUUUUAGAAAUGAUACUAUAACUCAAAUUUCUGGGUAUAGGGAAGGGAAAGGGGGGCAUUAUUCCUUGGAUUGAAAUAAGUGUCAAAAGCAUUUUUCCUUUUGCAAAGGGUAUGGAUGGUGAGAGAAUUAAGCACAUCUGCACUACUUCGUCAAGCUACAUUUCAGUUUCCAUGAAGUUUAAUACAGCAUACAGGUUGGUGUACUUAGCUUCAUUGGGUGACCUACCCCAACUAAAAAAAAAAAAUACUCCAACCUAAAAAAUUACUAAACUUUUUAUAAGAAUUAACCUUUAAAUGUGCCCUGUCCCCAUAUAUAAAUACACAUUUGGAUUUUUUAAAAAGAGUACUUGUCAUAGUCAUAAGUAUAAAAACUACAAACUUCAUAGUACUGCAGGGUUGUUAAAGAUUCAUUGAUGCCUUCUU